AUGCAGAACGGAAUACCAACGCCGCCGUAUGACGAGCAGAGUCAGAAGCUGCUGCAAACUCAGCAGCAGAAGCAGCAGCAGCAGCAACAGCCACGCCCUGUCUCACGCAAAAGCUCAAAUUCCGCAUCACCACCGUCGACCGUCCCGUCAUCACGGGCAGCCAAGAGCGGCAACGGCAGCGGCAGCAAUGCCACGGCCAGCCAUGCCCACGGCACGACAACGCACCAGCAUCACCACAACAGCCACCGUGCUUCCAAGCGGUCGGCAAUGUCUCUGCAGCAGCUGCUGCUGCUGCGGCCGCCCACUCCCAUGGCUCGCCGCAUCACGACGGCGAUGGCCGCCACAAGCGUAUACGCAGAGGUCUUGGAGAACACGCAAUUCGCACUAGUCGCAACGGUGCACAAGCUGUACGCCAUGGUUCGUGCGGCGAACGCAUGGGAGCUUGGCGAGCCGGAGCUCAACGAACGCGGCCAGCCCGUCAUCCACAGCAUCGCCUCGAAGCUGGGCUGCAUCCGCCCGAACAACGACCCCGACCUGCCCAUGGGUUCGUCCGUCUUCCCCGAAAACGAGCAGGACCUUGCCGAACUCGCCUCGCAGCUCGACGACCACCAGAAGAAGCGCGAGGCUGAGCAGGCCGCGACAGCUGCCGCUGCUCAGGCCGAGAGCCAACAGAGCGAGACGACGACAACGGCCGCGACGGCCAUCCCGAUUCCCACCAUGUCGACGUCGACGCCGACGACCACGGGCAUUCUUGCGAGCAACAACAACACCGCUGCAGCCAGCACGAGCGCCCUCGACUUUAGCCUCGGCGCCCGCUUUGACCGUGCAAGCUCUUCCGAAGACUUUGACGCCUUCUCCGACAUGGACGACUACCGCAAGAACGUCUUUGGCAGCGGAAACGGAAACGGAAACGGCAACGGCAGCAGCGUGAACAGCGCCAGCACGACCAUGUCGCCCCGGAGCCUCAGCUUCAACGACUUUGACGUUGGCUCGAACCAGUCCGACGGUUUUGCCGCCCCCUCGCCCACCAUGCCGACGACGACCCAGUACACCAACUGGAUGACGCAAACAGCGCCCAUUGAUACGCCAAACCAGGCUGCGGCAGCUCAGCAGUCCCAGCAGUUGCUGCAGCUGCAACAAUUGCAACAGCAGCAACAACAACAGCGGCGACUGCAGAAGCAGCAGCUGCAGCAGCAGAAGCAGCUCCUCCAACAGCAACAGCAGCUCCGGCAGCAGCAGCAACAACAACAGCAGCAGCAGCAGCAGCAGCAGCAGCAGCAUACCUAUAAGCAUACGCCUCUCGCCCUCUCCAUCCCGACGACAAUGGCGACGUCUUCGAUGCCCAUGAUUAGCGGAACGACGCCUUUUUACACGUCGGAGAUGCUGCGGCAGGGCCUGCUCGAGUCCAAUUUUGGCGCUAUGAAGCCGCAUGUUAUUGACACGCCGGAGCUGAUGCUCGGUAUGGGCGACCCCAUGAUUUACGCGGGCGACUACGACGACAACAUGAUGUAG